CCUCUAAUCUGACAUUAACUCUGCCUCCACCAGGAACUGAUGCCCUGAAAACUGCUUCUACACACCCAGCUGCUGGAAUAGUUUGCAGCAUGAUAUUAGACUGACAUCUAAUCAUGUUUCUUUUAAAACAUCCUGAAUAAGUCACUAGUUAGUGAGGAAAUAAUCCUAACGUGGGCGUAGUCAAAGGAUUUACCUGUUCUGUUGUUUUUCAGCGUUAAUCUUAGUGGCUGAACGUGAUGAGCUGCUAGUUUUCUACUGACUGGUGUUUUUAGAACCAGAAAGGAGCGCUGGGAGAACAGUGCUGGCUGAGCUAGGGACGAAUGGGAGCCUGAAGAAAAAGCUGUGAGCAGGACGGAGGUUCUGCUGGUUCUGCUGGUUCUGCUGGUUCUGAGGAAGGCUGUUAGCAGAAAGUUGGUCUUUUCUCUGGAGAGCAGAAAACUCCCUGAGUGAGAGAGAAAGAAGAAGCAGGAGCAGAGGAGGAAGGAACCUGCUGCUUUCUGAGAACACCACUGUUCAGGAACCGCUGGCAGCCCACAUGUCAGCUGGAUAUAAAGGCAGCGGGUCGGACCGGUCCUGCACACACUUCCAGAACCUCCAUCAGGAACCAUGAAGAUCCUGCUGACUCUCUGCCUCCUGACCUUCCUCUGCCUGCUGUCUCCCAGCUCUGCAGGUCCAGUCAGUCAGCAGCUGAUGAUGUCCCUGGGUUCCUGCUGUUCUCAGCACAGCAACGUGACGGUUCCUGUAGGGAAGGUGAAGGACCUGCAGAUGUCUCCCAGCCACUGCAAACUCCGCUCCGUCAUAGUCAGCACUCAGAAAGGGAAGCGGUUCUGCCUGGAUCCCAGCGGGAGCUGGACCCAGAAACUACAGAGAGAGUUUGGCAGAGAGAGACGCCUGCACUGAAUCCGGAUCAGAACCGAGUCCGUUUGUGCAGCCAGAAUCACUUUGAUGUAAAGGAUGUUUUCAAAGAGCCGCUGGACGAGUCGCUGAGGGACCGAUCCACAACUUCACCGGAUCCUUUAGGAUUUUACAGAAACUCUUCCUCCUGGUUUGUUUGGCGGCUAGAAAAGCUGCUGCUGUAAAACUCUGAGAGCAGAAGUUCUGCUCAUCUUCAUGUUUUCAUGCACUUUACUCAGCAAAGUUACUCAUUUCAUAAUAAAACAUUUACUUUUCUAUCUGCUGUCCUCUGAGACUCUUCUGUGGUUCUUUUCUACGUCUGGAGAUGAAAAUGCUUGAAGAGCUGAGGUCUGGAUCAGGAACUUUUCUUCCGUUUCUCAUCAGGAGAAACACGUUUUCAGGCCUUUAAAGCUUCAGGAUGUGAAAUUAUCACAAUUAUUCAUAAAGUUACUCAUUUCAUAAUAAAACAUUAACUUUUCUAUUUG